CAUUCAUUAUGCUUUGCAUCAGUUUGACGCUAUUUUAUGAGUUAAUAAAACACACUUAUAGAAAGGUAAAAACGCUAAGAGAAAGCUAAUGUUUCAUCUUCAAUCCUGCUCUAGCUUACAAGUAACCACCAAACUAACGGAUCGUCGUCUCCUCUCCAGUUCAACCCGGCCAACCCACAAGGCCCGCAAAUGGCAGCAACAAAUCAUUUCAGUUGGAAGAAUCGCUCUUCUCCCGCCUAUUCUUAGCCCCUCAGGCGCCGCGACCUCACCGGGCCCCUUUGCUCCCGACCACCUCCUUCCUCUCUCCCCUUGGCCAUGCGCAUGCAAAGUGCCGUAGCCGCCCAGCCCGACCCCUUCUACCCCGCCACACGUACGUGCGGUCCUGACCCGCGCCACCGCCGUGCCCGCGCGCGCGCGCAAGAAGCCCGGCCGUCGAGCGGACGAUCGGACGAACGAGCCGGGUCCGGCAAGCGUGCGCACGCCCGUCGGUCGCCGCUGGCGCCAUGGCGCGGCUGCGGCCGCCCGGACACCUCCGCCUCGCCUUCUACGUCGCCGUCGUCGUCGGUGUCGGCCUCUGCGCCCCCGCCGCCGUCCUCGUCGCGGCGAUCGUCGGGGACAAGACGGAAGGCGAGGUGCUGGUGGCGUUCCGCGACAAGCUGCGGGCUUCGGACGGCUCGCCGCCGGGGCCGCUGCGGUCGUGGGGCACGCCGGGCCCGUGCAACGGCAACCACUCCUCCUGGUACGGCGUCUCCUGCCACGGCAACGGCAGCGUGCAGGGCCUGCAGCUGGAGCGCCUCGGCCUGGCCGGCGGCGCGCCGGACGUCGGCUCGCUGGCCGUGCUCCCGGGCCUCCGCGUCAUCAGCCUGGCCGACAACGCGCUCUCGGGCCCCUUCCCCAACGUGUCGACGCUGGGCGUGCUCAAGAUGCUCUACCUCUCCCGGAACCGCUUCUCCGGCGAGAUCCCGGCCGAUACGUUCCUGCCCAUGCGGGGGCUCCGGAAGCUGCACCUCCACAGGAACGACCUCUCCGGCCGCGUCCCCAGCUCCAUCACGUCGCCGCGGCUGCUGGAGCUGACCCUCGCCAACAACCGCUUCGAAGGCCCGCUCCCGGACUUCUCCCAGCCGGAGCUCAGGUUCGUCGACGUCUCCAACAACAACCUCUCCGGGCCCAUCCCCGCCGGCCUCGGCCGCUUCAACGCCACCAUGUUCCGAGGCAACAAAUUCCUGUGUGGCAAGCCAACGGACGUGGUCUGCGAAUCCGCGUCGUCGCCCGCCGGCGGCAUGUCCACCUUCAUGAGCAUUGUCAUUUUGCUCAUCAUCCUCGGCGUGCUGCUCGCCGCCGCGGGCAUUGCCAUGGGCGUUCUGGGCCGCCGGCGUCGUCGGCGGCGACGCGCGAAGCGUACUGACGGCUGCGUGACCCCCAAUGGUGAGGUGACGCCGUCCAACCCGGUCCUGGACACCGCGCCGGCCGUCUCCAUCAGCCAGGCUACUGUCAUCGGCCCCGCGGCGACGUCGGGCGGCGGCCCGGCAAAACGCGGGGGGCGGCGCGACGAGCACGGGCGGCUGGUGUUCAUCCAGGAGAGCCGCGUGAGGUUCGAGAUCGAGGACCUGCUCCGGGCGUCGGCGGAGGUGCUGGGCAGCGGCAACUUCGGGUCGUCGUACAAGGCGGCGCUCCAGGAAGGCCCCGAGGUGGUGGUGAAGCGGUUCAAGGACAUGAACGGCGUCGGCCGCGAGGACUUCUCGGAGCACAUGCGCCGCCUCGGCCGCCUCUCCCACCCCAACCUCGUCCCCCUCGUCGCCUACCUCUACAAGAAAGAGGAGAAGCUCCUCAUCACCGAUUUCGUGAUCAAUGGCAGCCUCGCCCAGCUCCUCCACGGGAAUCGUGGAUCGAUGUUGGACUGGAGGAAGAGGCUUCGGAUCGUCAAGGGGGCGGCGCGUGGGCUGUCGCACUUGUACGAAGAGCUGCCGAUGCUGACGGUGCCGCACGGGCACCUCAAGUCGUCCAACGUGCUGCUCGACGGCACGUUCCAGCCGGCGCUCUCCGACUACGCGCUGGUCCCGGUGCUGACGGCGACGCACGCGGCCCAGGUGAUGAUGGCGUACAAGGCGCCCGAGUGCGUGGGGUCGCACGGGAAGCCGUCCAGGAAGAGCGACGUGUGGAGCCUCGGGAUCCUCACCCUCGAGGUGCUCACCGGCAAGUUCCCGGCCUGUCGGCAGGGGCGGCAGGGCACCAGCGACCUCGCCGGGUGGGUGAACUCCGUCAUCACGGAGGAGCGCACCGGCGAGGUGUUCGACGAGGACAUGUCCGGCGGCAAGGGCAACGAGGAGGAGAUGCUCAAGCUGCUCCAGGUGGCGCUCACCUGCUGCGAGGCCGACAUCGACAAGAGGUUGGACCUCAAGUCGGCCCUCGCGGGAAUCGAGGAGAUCAGGGAGCCGGAGCCUGAAUCCUCGUCGACGUUGACGGGCGAGGGAGAAUCGAAAUCAUAACUACGAUCGGGCAAACAAGUUCAAAACAACCCACACGCUGAUCCGUAAUAUCAAAUCAACCGAGACGAUCCAGGAACGAUCGAUCGAUCGAUCGCAUGCACCGAAUUGCAUGGCAUGGUGGAACUCUGAGGCACGGGCGGGAUCGACGGUUCGUGAUGAGCUUAGCUCGAUGGGUUGACCAUCCAUCUGAUGAAGAACAUAUGUACAUUUGAGCCGGGGUGGUUGAUGGAAUCCAUGACUAAUUUUGAACGUGUAAA